AUGGCUGGGAACAACUCGAUAGACCCGUUGUCCUCAAAUGACGCCAGGAUCCGGGACCGAUUUCAUCUCCAAGUUCGUCAGUACGGACACGAACUCAUCGCCUUUAUCUCAGCCGAGCUGGGCCGGCCGCCCUCAGGCCUGUCGAUUACUCUUGAGGCGAUCGAAUGGCCUGAAUUCCAGAUCAACUGGAUAUGGUCCGUAGGCAGCGCCGACCUGGACAUCGAGCGAGCUACCCUGCGCUUCUUCCUGACCGACCCUGGAAAGAGAGCGUUGAGCGUCGACGUAACCGAGUUCAAACUGUCCAGUGCUCCUUUGCGCCUCCCCUCCAACCAGCCAGAGAAUCGUCUCUACCCAGCAGGGCAUACCAUCGCCACCACGCCGCUCCAGGGCUGCCAAGAGGUCGUAAUCACGGCGGAGGCUCCGUCUUUACCCCAGUCACACGUCUGCGUCGCAACUGUGACGGGCGGUUGGCUACAAGUCGGGCCUUAUACAGACUUGGCGCAGGUUAUGGUUGUCAAGCCCCAGGACGAACAGGCCAACGCCGACCCUAGGUACUUGGGAGGAUGGGUUGUAAGCCCCGACAACUCGACUGUGUAUGGCCACAUUGCUGCUAUUGUUGGGAAUCGUGGAUACCUGGUGGCGUCGCUCGGUUGGAGGGCAGAUUGA